AUGCCCCCCAAGAAGGCCACCAGCGCGACUGCCGCGCCCAAGAAGGCUGCUCCGGCUCACCCUUCCUACCGCGACAUGAUCAAGGAUGCUAUUGUCAACUUGAAAGAGCGCAAUGGUUCCAGUCGUCAAGCCAUCAAGAAGUAUGUUUCUUCAAACAACAAGAUCAAUGUCGCCUCUCAGGCCACCUUUGAUGCCCAGUUCAACAAGGCCAUCAAGGCUGGUGUUGAGAAGGGCGAGUUCACUCAGCCCAAGGGUCCCUCUGGUCCCGUGAAGCUGGCUAAGAAGGAGCCUGCCCCCAAGGCGGCCAAGAAAGAGCCUGCUGCCAAGAAGGUUACCACUGCCAAGAAGCCUGCUGCUGCCAAGGCUGCCGCCACCACCAAGAAGGCUGCUGCCCCCAAGAAGACCGCCGCCAAGGCGACUUCCACCACCAAGACCACCACUGCUGCGGCUAAGAAGGCUAGCACCACCAAGAAGACCGCUGCCGCUAAGCCCAAGGCCAAUUCUGGUAAGGCCCGCAAGACGACCACUGCCGCUCCGGCGAUAGUUGAGCAGCCCAAGGUUGUCGGCACGACUAAGUCUGGCCGAGUGACCAAGACCACAGCGAAGCCUGCCGCGAAGAAGCGUGCGACCCCUAAGAAAUAG